GAAUUGGCUACUCCCUUUCAUAAAUUAAAAAUAGUAAUAUAUCUACAAAGCUUUUCUUUUGGUUUAUCUUUGAGUUCAGAAAAGUAAUGGGUUCUAAGGUUUUUGUUGUUCUAUUUCUAUUUGUGGCUACUAUCUCUCUGAUCUCUUCUGAGGUUUCAUCCAAACAAGACACAGACCAAAAAUUGGACGCAAACAACGGUAAGAAUGAAGCAAAUGGGAAAGAAAAAACUGAGCUUCCGCUUCUUCCUCCAAGUUAUUGUCGCCAUGGUUGUUGCCAUUGGGUUUAUCGUGGGGAAUUGCGGCGGUAUUGCAUCAAGUGCUGCAAAAAAAUCCAUCAUAUUCAUGAUCAUGAUGAUCAACAACAGUUCUUUUACCCUAAUGUUAUUAAUGAUGACUCGGAAUCAUAUAACUAAUAGUUAACGUAAUCCUGAUAUUAUAUCACUACUAGUUAGGAAUAAUAAAACAACUUCAUGAAGAAUAAUGUAACAAAAUAUAAUAAGGAUACGAAUAAUAAAGGUGCAAUUCUCUCAUUGUACUUAUUACUAAACGAAUAAUAAAAUAAAUUAUUUCUUGUCUA